CCGAGUCUGGAAAAGUCAGUUGGUGGACAAAGCGGAGUACACAGAGCGACCUGCCCCGCGUUUACACGAAUCAUAACGGGACUUUAGCUGAGAUUUUCCCGUCGAGGUUUGUCAGUUUUGACCCCGUCUCUGAGUCUGUGUUUUGGUGUCGGGAGGCAGACUUGCGCUGAUCUGGGGUCGGUGAAAAGUCGGCCACUGUCACUUUUGAUUCAUGGACUCGACACGGACUUUAGCUAAAAGCAUUUCUGUCAAGAGGCUGACACAGGGUUGACUUCAUUCAUUGAUUAUUAAGCUUUAGGGAACAUGAAGUUGUCUUUGGUCGGUAUGGAAGUCCUGAAGAUUGCGCUGUUCAUCUUUCAGACGGUUUUGCUGACUGAUUGUGCCAGAGGACCUCCACGAGUGUCUAACAAGGUUGUCCACAGACAGAUGGCCCGGCUGGGGAGUGCCAUCAAGCUGCCUUGUCCAGUGGAAGGAGACCCUCCACCUCUCAUCAUGUGGACUAAAGAUGGCCGCAACAUCCACAGCGGUUGGAUCCGUUUCCGUAUCCUCCGUAUGGGCCUGAAGAUCAAGGAGGUGGAAGCAGAUGACACGGGGACAUACAUCUGCAAAGCCACCAAUGGCUUUGGUAGCGUCAACAUUAACUACACUCUGAUCGUCAUUGAUGACUCAGGUUCUGAUAAGACUGGACCUGGAGCAGCCGAUGGUGCCGACUGUGAGACAGGCACCGAUGGCUUGUCAGAAAAACUUGUACGUCCCCGUUUCACCCAGCCCACUAAGAUGAGGAAGAGGGUGAUAGCUCGUCCAGUGGGCAGCUCUGUGCGGCUCAAAUGCACAGCCAGUGGAAACCCUCGACCGGACAUCAUAUGGCUGAAGGACGACAGGCCGUUAACGGAGCAGGAGGUUGGCGAGGGACGUCAGAAAAAAUGGACCCUGAGUCUGAGGAACUUGAUGCCAGAGCACAGCGGUAGAUACACCUGCAGAGUCUCUAAUCGGGCUGGAGAAAUCAACGCCACAUACAAAGUUGAGGUCAUACAGAGGACAAACUCCAAGCCGAUUUUGACAGGCACUCACCCAGUCAACACAACAGUGGACUAUGGGGGCACCACAUCGUUCCAGUGCAAAGUGAGGAGUGACGUUAAACCGGUCAUUCAGUGGCUCAAACGUGUGGAGUCUCACGAGGAAAGCCGCUACAACUCCACCAUCGAGGUCGGAGACCAUCGAUUUGUGGUGCUGCCCACAGGGGAGGUGUGGUCGCGGCCUGAUGGCUCAUACCUCAACAAGCUGCUCAUUACCCGUGCCAAGGAGGAGGACGCUGGCAUGUACAUAUGCUUAGGCGCCAACACCAUGGGCUACAGCUUCCGCAGUGCAUUUCUCACUGUGCUGCCAGACACGAAGCCUCCCAUGACGACAGUUUUCUCCCCAUCUUCCAGUUCCCUCCCCUGGCCUGUCAUCAUUGGCAUCCCCGCUGGAAUAGUGUUCAUCUUUGGUACGGUGCUGCUGUGGUUCUGCCAGAGUCGAAAGCACUGUCCUCCCCCCAGUGCUGCUCCAGCAGCUGCGCAGGUGCUGCACAGCUCCCACCGGCUGCCGUAUCGAGAGCGGGAGAGGCCAGGCUGCGCCGCUCCGUCCUCCAACUCCUCGAGCCCGGAGAAAGACUGCAUGAGCUCCAUGAACUAUGAGGAGUAUCUGGCACAGCAGCAGCUCCUCCUCAGCCAGGGAGGACCCACACUGCCUCCGAAAAUCUACCCCAAAAUCUACACUGACAUUCACACGCACACUCACUCUCACGUGGACGGGAAAGUACAUCAGCAUCAACAUAUUCAUUUUCAGUGUUAGCCUUAGUGCCAGUUUAUUCCCACACUAACUUCUCCAGUAUCUCAGAGGGACGAUGAGCUGUGGACUGAACAGGCAGCUCCUCAGUGACACUCGCUAAAACUGUCUCCACGUAGCUGGAUGCGAGUAUGCACAAAAGUGACAAAAAGUGACAAAAACAGUGGCCAGUGAUACACACCUCAUAUUGUUACAUCCAGUUUUCCAAUUUUACCUGGUGCUUCUAUGAAAUAUUUUACCUUUUACAUUCUCACACCACUAAAAUCCAUUCAUCCUUGAUGUGCACUUAAGACAAAAAGGACGAGGAACUCUGCAGCGUGUGAGAGUAAUCGCAGCUAUUCAGGCCAAACGAAAGGUUUUCCUCAGCAAUAUUUGUAAGUUUUGCAUUUUUUCCUACUUGAGGUGUAGCUGAAUGUGGAGUUUCGGUUUUCACUCAAACAGCUCAAAACACGUCGGCUGGAAAUGAAGAUGGUACUCAAUAUUUACAAAAGGGCUGGUUUUCAGCUCCUACUCAGGUAGUCCUUUUGUGUUUUUUUUUUAAUAUGCAUACUGUUUUUGGAAUGCACAUGCAUUUAAUGCUGACCACUAUCCUUUAUAUAUUACCCCUCUCCAUCCCUCAACUCUAUUCUGUUAUUAGUAAUAGAGUGGUGAGUUUCACAACACCUUUUAUGGUGUACAAACCUUGCCGAAGACUGCAAGGGAUGGACGAAUUGUGUUGAUCUUCAGUAUCAUUUAAGCUUCUUCUUUUAGGUAGGUUCCCUUCACUAGUCAUUAGCACGUCAACAUUAAUGUAUUCCAUCAAUACCAGUGACCAGCAACAGAGUCGUUUAGACCACCAACCACAGUUCAUGAAGCUGUAGUCAUUUAUAAUCAAAUUGAGUCAUGAAUAUUUAAUUUAUUUUGCUAAAAAAUGUAUCAAAAGUUUAUUUUUCAGAGUAAGGCGUUUUACAUAUCUAUGUAAUGUUAUUAAAGUAUACUGUUGUUGUGUAUAGUA